AUGCCCCGAGACGAACGUACGCCCCUCCUAGGAGGCAAUGGCAGCCAUGAGCCACCAUCCUCGCGGUCGAAGAGGACGCUGACAUCACGGCUUGACGAACACCUCGACCCCUCGUCGUGUGCUUUGCCUCUUGCACUUCAAUGCUUUGUCUCUGGACUGGUAGACUGCAUCUCCUUCACAUCCAGCAAGACGUGGGUAGCCUUCAUGACUGGCGGCUUGACACAGCUGGCCAUCUCGGGGAUGGCCUGGUUCCGCUUCGUCGUCCGUGACUGGUUGACAGAACCAUCGCCUGGAUCGUGGGAGCAGGAUCAGAAGUCAGCCAAGCACAGAGACGAGGCCUCCAACCGCAUCGUCCUGUCUGUGACGACGGUCGUCUUCUUUUCCCUUGGAGGCUACCUCGCAUCCCACAUCAAGGCUCCCUUUACGGUCCAGAGCAGUACACGGGGUCGCUACGUCCUCCUCUCCUUCCUGCAGUCGCUCGCCACCACCAUUGUCAUCCUCCUCCUCGUCUUUUCCAACACUCGCCUCUCCCUCGAAAAGGACCCGAUCCUACUGGGCCUCCUCUCCCUCGCCAUGGGCUCACAGGCAAUUCAGGCCCUCUCCCUUGGAUCAAAAGCCUACAGCACUACCGUCGUCUUCACCUCCACGCUCGCGCAGCUGGUAGGAGCCGCCGUCUUCCCUGCCUUUCUCUUCCCGGUUUCCUUGACCUCACCCCAUCAUUCCCGAAUCGCAAGUUCAGAAGACGAAAAAGCACGGCGCACCUCCAUUUCCCAAUCCAGACACCAGUGUCUCUCCAUUGUCCUCCUCAUGGCAGGCGCUGCCGUGGGAUCCAUCCUCAUUGAGCUGCAGUCCGCCACACUCCCCACCGGUGAGGGGGGCUCGGACAAUACCGAAGGUGGGAGCUCCAAUUCGCUCCAAUUUUGGCCAUUGGUGGUGCUGGCACUCGUGCAGGCAAUAACGGGCUUGUGUUGGUGGUUUGCAGCGGCACAGAAGCGAGAAGAGGAGGAGGAAGAAGAUUAG